AUGACUGUGUCAUUUUUCAGCCCUCUCGGUCCCGAUCAUCCCAUCCCUGAGAUCUUCCUGGACCUGGAUUCGGAUUCCGAGUCGGACGAUGAUGAAGCUGAGGAGCGUCUUCAGUUCUUCAUGAGCGCUGAUUUCGAGAAGGCUGACGAUCUGAGGGAGAACAUCAUUCCUCGCGCUUUCAAAUACUUUACUGGUGAGGCUGCCGACUAUGAUUCCGAUGAGGACGACUCCGAGAGUGAUUGCGAGGGUGAAUGCGAUGAUGACUCUGAGGAGGCCGAUGAGGAGGCUGCUCAGAAGCAUGAGUAA